CGUAGCUCAAUGGUAAAAUCCUCAUACAUGCCCUUGUCGCUGAUGGAAUCAGAACUGAAGUUGGGUGACUAUGGCAGCGCCCCCCAAGGCGGAGAUAUCAUCGAACUCGCUACAGGUCUUGCACUUGAUCCCGUAGAGGAUGACGUCCGUGUCAUACAUGGCUCAGCAUCGGGAAGAGUUGAAUUGUGGUCAUGCCAGUGCAAGACGAUCCGAAACACUUGAUCUUUGAUGAUCGCAUUGCCCUGUAUAAUGUGACCAGCUGGUCACUCCCCGCCAACCAUUGGUUUGUCUCUUUGCUGAGAGCAUUGUCCUCCCGUCUUGCAGGUAGACUCCUAGUGACAACUAUUACAAGCUGCUCAGAUUACCUUCGCCUUGUUCCGAGACGUUUCUCCCCGUCCAGUGGCACAUUAGAUCCGGAAACAUGGCAGACCCUCGACACCUCUACUCAUUUAUGCUCGGUGAUGAUGCCCCUGGCUUGGCGUCAAAUGGAUUCAGAUAGAGAGGUUAUGAGGAUGCUUUUCAGAAUCCUAGAUAAUUUCUCUGUUCUAGUUAGAUGGGCAAGUCUCUUAUUAACUCCUUUUCAAUCUGUCAGCUUGAUACUCCAGAUCGGGAGGAUGGGAUUCUUUAACGAAUUUCCCUCAAUAAUGGAGACGGAAACCCAUGCUGAAUCCAAUACUAGAAUAGAUAAGGACACACCGUAUCAACACAUUGGUUGUUUUCUUAGCGGAGAUUAAUGACUGGGCGUUCGACAUCCGACUAAACCCUGAAUUUGAGUCGGAGGUUGGCUCUGACUCACAGGUUGUCUCUAACUAUAUUGGCCGGGCGAAAUUGUGGAAAAAUGUGAUGGAAUUGAGCUCAGCACCCUUCGCUGCUAA